AUGAGCUCGGAGACCACUUUUUUGGAGGCUCCUUCUCCUUACAGUUGCUUCAGUGCUGCCAAAAAGCGAUACAUUGUCGCUACUGCCGCUGGCGCUGGCCUCUUUUCUUCUUUGUCCGCGCAAAUUUAUUUUCCAGCCCUGAACACGUUGGCCGAUGAUCUCAAUGUGUCAACUUCCUUGAUUAACUUGACUGUCACAAGUUAUAUGAUCUUCCAAGGAAUUGCGCCUAUGUUCAUUGGAGACUUUGCAGAUAGAACAGGCCGUCGACCCGCUUACAUUAUUUGUUUUGUUAUUUAUAUCGCCUCCAACGUCGGACUGGCCUUGCAGGAUAGUUACACAGCUCUUAUUGUACUGCGGUGCUUGCAAAGCUCUGGGAUCAGCAGUAGCGUGGCUUUAUCCGCCGCCACUGUGGCCGAUGUGAGCACCAAACAAGAACGAGGCUCAAUGAUGGGCUUCGUCAUGGCUGGAAAUUUCAUGGGUCCCGCUAUUGGUCCAAUUAUCGGUGGUCUACUAGCCCAGUAUCUGGGCUGGAGAUCUAUCUUUUGGUUCCUGACGAUUGCAUCGGGUGUAUUCCUGUUGCCCCUUCUUCUAUUUCUCCCUGAAACAGCUCGAAACGUCGUCGGUGAUGGCUCGUCCCCUGCACAGCCAUGGAAUCGACCCUUCAUUCAAUACUUCCGACGCCAAAGUGUGAAAAAUGAUGCCGCUUCCUCCGAAGACAGUAUCGACCGAUCUGAUAGCAGCGGUUCGCCCAAGAAUAUCGAGCACAAGCUCCGAUUCCCUAACCCUAUAAAGCCGCUUAUUCUCGUGUUCCAUCCAAACUCCAUCAUCGUUCUUUUAGUAACCGGUGUCAUUAUGGGCGGUAACAUGACCGUUCUCUCGUCCAUCACAGAAAUUUACACGGCCCAGUAUGGCCUGGACGAGCUUGAAGUAGGUCUAUGCUACAUCACGCUGGGGACUGGCUCCAUUGUGGCCUCUGUGAUCACCGGGCGCCUUUUGGACUGGAACUACAAACGAAUGGCAGCUGAACUGUGUAGCCAUCCAACCUCUGAACACGUGGGCACAGCGGAUUCAGUCCCCGUCGAAACGUCUCGCAGCAUGGUAACAAUUCCCCUCGUUAUUUUAGGCAGCGUGACUGUGCUGGCUUUUGGUUGGGUACUCAAAUUUGAGGAGCCACUUCCUGCCCCUGAGGUACUACUGUUCUUUGUCGGCGUUGGACAAACAGGUGGUUUCAUCUCUACAUCUACUCUUCUGGUAGACUUACAUACCGCCAACCCUGCAGCUGCCACAGCGGCCAACAAUAUGGUUCGAUCCUUCUUCUCUGCUGCUGCUUCUGCAGCAAUUGACCCUAUGCUGACUGCUAUGGGUCGUGGUUGGGCAUUCACACUGGUGGCUUUCAUCUUGCUGUCUACAAUUCCAUUACUUCUGUUGCUUUGCGGAAUGGGGCGCCAAAAGAAUUCUCAUUCCGAAAAGAUAGAAAGUUCCGCUGAGAGAGCCGAAAGCACCCCAGAAAGAUCAGAAGAUUAA